AUGGUCGAGCUGGAUGAAUGGUUGGAAGAGAGUACCACAGUUACAAAAACUACCAUCAGGAUUUGCUGUAACACUAUUUACAUUAUAUCUAUCUAUCUAUCUAUCUAUCUAUCUAUCUAUCUAUCUAUCUAUGUUCCUGUUCAUAUCUAUCUAUCUAUCUAUCUAUCUAUCUAUCUAUCUAUCUCUAUCUAUCUCAUCUGUUCGUAUCUAUCUAUCUAUCUCAGUCUGUUCGUAUCUAUCUAUCUCAGUCUGUAUCUAUCUAUCUAUCUCAGUCUGUUCGUAUCUAUCUAUCUAUCUCAGUCUGUAUCUAUCUAUCUCAGUCUGUUCAUAUCUAUCUAUCUAUCUCAGUCUGUAUCUAUCUAUCUAUCUCAGUCUGUAUCUAUCUAUCUAUUUCAGUCUGUAUCUAUCUAUCUAUUUCAGUCUGUAUCUAUCUAUCUUAUUCUGUUUGUAUCUAACUAUCUCAGUCUGUUCAUAUCUAUCUAUCUAUCUACCUAUCUAUCUAUCAGUCUGUUUGUAUCUAUCUAUCUAUCUGUUUCCCUUACCUAUCUUGUGUUUGGUGGAUAA